CAAUUUUCUGUAAAAAGCAACAAAUGCAUACAAAUUAAUAUAUAAAAAUAUUUAUACCCAGAAGAACGGUAAAGUCCCGUCGUUACAUGAACGGAAAAGAGUUGUUGGAGAUUUUUUAGGGUUUUGGAUUGAGUAGCGUGGUUUUCCUUUGUCUUCCAGAAUCAAAUUCGAAUUCUCGUUGGAUUGUUGAGUCUAAGUUUUUCAAGGAUCAAUCGAAAACGAAGGACCCAAAAUUCUGAUGUCUACGACGGUGCGUCCGGCGGCUGGACCUGGAGUGCCGGAGAAGGCGGCUGGAACCGGAGUGCCGGAGAAGGCGGCAGCGGCACUUGUCAAUUCAUUCCGAUUGGCGUCAGUGACGCAGCGGUUACGCUACCACAUUGAUGCCGGACCCAGGAGUGAUGCUAGGGAGUUCCAGAUCUGCUGCAUCUCUCUCGCCAAAGGCAUUGAUUUUGCUAUAGCGAAUAAUGAAAUCCCAAAGAAUGUGUGCCGGCAUAGAACCGAUGUGUACUGCAAGACGGCGGCUAUGGUGCUGAUGAUCUCGAUUAAGCAUGCUUGUAAACUGGGAUGGUUUUCGGAAAGCGAGGGUCAAGAACUCAUCGCUCUUGCUGAUGAGAUGAAGAAUACUUUUGGGAGCCCUGGAAACACGAGCCCUGGUGUUAAAAGUCCUGGUGGUAUAUUAUCACAGAUCAUAGAGAGGUUCUUUCCUUUUGUGAAGCUGGGGCAUGUUCUUGUUUCGCUUGAAGGGAAGGCUGGUUUUACAAUGCUGGCGCAUGAUUUCCAUAUCUCAAAGAAUAUGCCACAUUCUCUCCUAGAAAGAAUUCGGUUAUUUGUUGUCCAGACAGACAACAUAGACACAUCUGCUUGUAUUAUAAACCCUCCAGAAGUCAGCUUCCUGUUAAAUGGAAAGAUGGUCGAGAAGAGAGUUAAUAUCACAAUGGAUUCAGGGCCUCAAAUCCCAACAAAUGUUACUGCCAUCCUCAAAUACGGAACGAACCUCUUACAAGUGAUGGGGAAUUCCAAGGGUCAUUACAUCAUCGUAAUUGCUUUCACGGGACUGGUAAAGCCACCUGAAAAACCAGUGCUUAAAGAUUACCUUCAAUCCGCAGUCAUCGAGUCAAAUCCAGAUUCUGACAUCAUCGAGGGGCCAUCACGAGUAUCUCUUAAAUGUCCUAUAAGCCGCAGCCGGAUCAAGCUUCCUGUCAAGGGCCAGUUGUGUAGACAUCUUCAGUGUUUUGAUUUCUAUAAUUAUGUCCACAUAAAUAUGAGAAUUCCAUCAUGGCGCUGCCCGCAUUGCAAUCAAUCUGUUUGCUACCCAGAGAUCCGUUUAGAUCAAAACAUGAUAUUAAAAGACGCGGGACCCAAUGCUGCUGAUGUUAUCAUCCACGCUAGUGGCACAUGGAAGGUUGCAAAGGAAAACGAUGGGACCGAGGAACCUGUUCGUGACGUAAUCAUCCAUGAUCUUGAAGACCCGACUAGCUUCUUAAACGCUGGUCCAGUGGUUUUGGAUCUUACCGGGGAUGAUGAUGAUGCCCAAAUUGAUUUAUUUGGUGACACCAAGGUUGUGGAGCAGAAGCCCCGCUUGUCAGAUGCUCAGGGUCAACCUAGUCAUAAAAACGCAAGCAAAGAUGCUUCAGAAGAAGAUUACUCUUCUUUGUUUGAUAUCUCUGAUGCGAUAUCAUUUGAUCAGGUGAUGCGACAUCACUUGAAUACUGGAACGGGACAGGAUUUUUCAAACUUAUCGCAAAUAUCAAUGCCUCAAGAUCCAACACCAGUACCUGCGCCGUUCUCACAGACACCGUCUCCGAGAGAUAGACCAGCGACUACUUCCACCGGAACAUAUCUUGGUACAACCUCUACUCCGAGAUGGAUUCAGAAUCAUACAUCCCAAGCUCCACCAAUAACACCUUCAUUACAGAGCCGGAGGCACCCAGUUCCAAUUACGAGCCAGUCUCCUGGGAACGCAUCGUCUUUUGCUCAGUCUACGCAAAUCCCUAGAGUACUCACUAACCAGCAGCCUAACAGUAACAUCAUGCGAAAUCUGAACAGAAACCAUUCAAGCACUCAAAGGCAGCGCCCAAGUAGUCCCGCUGUUCAAUCUGUUUCUCGAACCAGUGACCUAAUGGAUGUGGACUUGACUACUACUCCUGAUUUAACCAACUGGCGCCCGAGGAUGCGAGGAAGUCUUACGCCCGGUUCAUACUCCCCGGCUCUUGACCACAUGAUCAUUCGACCAACCCAACAGCUUCAAACUAGGCUCCACGGUUCACAGCCGGUUCAGACACCACCGGUUCAAACGUCCCAGGCUCAGCCGCCUUUUUCAACCGCCCCUCCUUGCUUGACGAGGCCUUCUGGACCGACAGCACCAUGGAGAACUUGAGAGGCCAGAACAAGGGGAGGUUGGUGCUUAGGACACAACAGUAACGUAACGAACUUUUUAACUUAUCGUUUUGCCCACGGCAUGGACAUGAUUUAGGAUUCCGGUAUGCAAAGGUUUUUAGUUUGGGGUUUAAAACUUUUGUUUGUAUUUAGCUGUCUUUUAAACUUGUAAUGACCAUCAAUAAAUGAAUGUUUUCAUAGAUUGGUCACAUAUCUUUAUUGACUUUAGCCACUGAUUUGACGCCUAAUUCGAAAAAUGGCUGAGAAUCUUGAAAUGCGUAUUCACAAAAUCCCA